GUUUUCUAGCAACUGUUGCCCGGUGAGGCAGCGCCAUAGCCACGGUAGUCGUGGCGACUGUAACCCACCAACAACAAGCUCUCGCUUCAUCAUUACCACCUCCUCCACCAUCCUCAUACUCACCCGCCGCUCCACAAGCAGGCGCCAUGCAGACCCCCGAAGCAGGCGCUGACUCCACCUCCACCGUCCCUAUUCAGACCAGCGUGCCUGUCCAGCCGGCCGGUUCAACCCAGCAGCUGCCUGUCCAGCAACAGGUAACGCCUUCACCGUCACAAAGUUGGUUAACCUCCGAAUCUUUAAUGCCUUUCCAUUGCAUUGCAUUCCAGACGCAGACAGUUCAACAGGUCCAGCAUGUUUACCCAGCGCAGGUGCAGUACGUGGAAGAAAACAGCGGCGUCUACACCAACGGCAACAUAAGAACCUACUCGUACUCGGAGCCGCAGCUAUACAGCCAGAACAGCGGCGGGAGCUACUUUGACACGCAAGGGAGCUCGUCCCAAGUGUCCACGGUGGUCACCGCCCACGGGAUGGCCAAUAACGGCGGCGGCGGGGGGAACGGAGGCAUGAGCAUGGGCCUGGCGGGGGCUCAGGUAAUCGGUAGCGGUUCCGGGGCCUACCUCAUGGACAACGCCGCCGCCCACCCUGCUGCCCAGACUGCACGAGCCUCCCCGGCGACUAUUGAAAUGGCGAUUGAGACGCUCCAAAAAUCGGAGGGUUUAUCCAGUCAGAGAAGCUCGCUGCUCAACAGCCAUCUGCAGUGGCUGCUGGACAACUACGAAACAGCAGAGGGUGUGAGUCUACCGCGAUCCACCCUCUACAAUCACUACCUGCGCCACUGCCAGGAGCAGAAACUGGACCCGGUCAACGCAGCGUCCUUCGGCAAACUCAUUCGCUCCAUCUUCAUGGGACUCCGCACGAGGCGCCUCGGGACGAGGGGGAACUCCAAAUACCAUUACUAUGGUAUCCGCGUCAAGCCCGACUCCCCGCUCAACAGACUCCAGGAAGACAUGCAGUAUAUGGCUCUCAGGCAGCAACCCGUUCAGCAGAAACAGAGGUUCAAACCAGUGCCCAAGUUUGACACCAGCCCCACAGAGAACUACUCCAGCGGGGGUCAAAACCAGCCAGGGGCAGCAGAGCAGACAGUCAUCGCACAGAGUCAGCACCACCAGCAGUUCUUGGAUGCAUCACGGGCACUCCCCGACUUUGCGGAGUUGGACCUGGGGCAGAGCAAUCCGGAGAACAUCAGCACUGAGGACGUCAAGGCUCUCCAGUCACUUUACAGGGAGCACUGUGAGGCUAUCCUGGACGUGGUCAUCAACCUGCAGUUUAGUCUCAUUGAGAAGCUUUGGCAAACGUUUUGGCGUUACACUCCGCCCGACACUGUAGAGGGCGCCACUAUAACGGAAAACAGCAGCGUAAGUGAGAUUGAAGCCCGACUCCCGCAGCCGCGGCUGAUGGCGCUGUGCAGACACGAAGCCGUGCUCAAGUGGAUGAGCACCUGCGACCAUCUGAUGUACCAGGCCCUUGUGGAGAUCCUCAUCCCCGAUGUCCUGAGACCCAUUCCCAGUGCCUUGACUCAAGCCAUUCGCAAUUUUGCCAAAAGCCUGGAAAGCUGGCUCAAUAAUGCCAUGAAUGCGAUUCCGCAGAGGAUGAUCCAGACCAAGGUUGCCGCUGUUAGUGCCUUUGCGCAAACCCUACGCAGAUACACAUCUCUGAACCACCUGGCUCAAGCGGCACGCGCCGUGUUGCAAAACACGUCGCAGAUCAACCAGAUGCUAAGCGACCUCAACCGCGUCGACUUUGCCAACGUACAGGAGCAAGCCUCGUGGGUGUGCCAGUGCGAGGAGGGCAUGGUGCAGCACUUGGAGCAGGACUUCAAGGCUACCCUACAGCAGCAAAGCUCUCUGGAGCAGUGGGCGGCCUGGCUGGACAACGUGGUCACGCAAGUACUGAAGCCCUAUGAGCAGCGGCCCAGUUUCCCCAAGGCGGCCCGGCAGUUCCUACUCAAGUGGUCCUUCUACAGUUCGAUGGUCAUUCGGGACCUGACCCUGCGCAGUGCCGCAAGCUUUGGUUCUUUCCACCUGAUCCGCCUGCUCUACGACGAGUACAUGUUCUACCUGGUAGAGCACAGAGUGGCCCAAGCUACCGGAGAGACUCCCAUCGGAGUCAUGGGCGAGGUAUGCCUUGUUUACAUCCGAUUUGGGCAUCAAAUUGCCAAAUUGAUUUCGAGAAGGCUAAAAAAUGCUUUUGUUUUCCAUUUUCAGUUUGACAGCCUGAACAGCCUGUCGCUUACAAACGUCGAUAAAGAUGAAACGAGCGGCAUGGACAGCGAUUUAGACGAGGAGCCCGAGGAAUCCGGGGAACCUCUGGCCAAACGCGAAAAGUCGGAGCACGAGGUGAUCCAGGUGAUCCAGGUGGGCGCCCUGGAGGACGGAUCCCAUCCGGUAGUGGGCGUGGUCCAGCCCAGCAUCCUCCACUCCCUCCCUCAGUCUCCGCGGGACCACAGCGAGCACAUUCUGACCCCCUCGGCCGGCACCCCCACCAUCCGCCACUGCGGCGCUACGGGCAACACCUACGCCUCGGUUUGAUGCCGACGUCCCGUCUCGCUUCGACGACAUAUCCGUCAACCGCCACGUUUACUGUCUUUCUGCACUCGAGUCCGACAACGGAUCGAUGCGGUUUUCCCGUAUCCGUUCUGAAUGCUGCGUCCUCCCUCGAGCCUUUUCAUAAUUUGCUAAAGGAGGAGGACCACAUGAAACACAGGGUCUUACGAAAAUCGACUGUCUACUACUGAUGUCUAGGAGCUCAAACGCGGCCCACUGUAUAUAGAUUUCCUUCUAAUUAGUACAACCCAAAAAACUCAUGGUGCUCUCAUUGUGGUCUGUUAAACUAGAGAACGUUCUCUCAAUGUUUCCCAAUCUUUUACUGAGCCAGGGCAUAUACAGUACACACUAUGAAAAAAAAAGUUUGGGAUAUUCAACUUUUGGGUGAAACUUCAGGAUGAACUUAAAACACUCCCUAACCUGUCCAGGUGAAUUUAAUUUUGAGUAACAUUUUAAUUUAUACAAGUCGCACCCGAGUAUAAGUUGCAGGACCAGCCAAACUUAAAAAAGUGACUGUCAUGUCAAUUUGCAAUUCUUCUGCCUGACAUUCAGAUAAAAGUUGUUGUUUUUUCCAUCCAUAAUUAUCAAAACAUUAUCUGAAACUUAAUUUCCCGCGGCACGCUGCGUUUGGGAAUCACUGAGUUAUCGUGACUGACUAUUUUCAGAGGAUUGUAUGUAGCCGUACGUGCGGAGUUUGACCAGCGGUAGCCUUUGUAUCACUAGCUGCAUCGUCAAGAUUUUUCACCCCCAAUGUGAGACGGACCCCCUCCACGAGGAAUAUGUGCGCUGCUGCUACUCCUGUAAAUAGAAGCGAUACCAUUAGGUUGUACAAACCCCAACAUCCUUACCGCUAAACUAUUAUGCACUCGGAACGUAAACGUUUGCCUUUGUCCAUGUAAUCAUGAAAUCAGCCUUUUGGACACAUAACCCCCCGCACCCUGACCCCCGUCCGUUCCUCUUUUUAGCAGUUUUCUGUCUCAAUCAAAUCUCUCGCAAAAAGGACCAAAAAAAAAAAAAAAGUAAACAAGAGGUAACUGAGGGAGAGCCAAUCGUUGUGCCAUGUCACAGAGCAGAAGGAAUGUCAGGGAUUUAAUGUACCUCGGCUUUAUCACAGUGCCUUAUCCUAACAUGCAGCUCUUCUUCGAGUGCACACACACACACACACACACACCAUCCAGCCACCCGCUUUUAUUUUUAUUCCCCUCCAUUUUAGUUUGGCGCCUCCCUGUCCACAGAGAAGUCUUUUGGAUUUGGGCCGUAUUGACUGAGGGGAUGCCGCCACUUUUGCUUUGGUCCGGAUUAGCGCGGCUAAGCUUUUUAAUUCUCUCAAUCGCAUCACACUGUUUAGCCUUUCGCUCCUAUUCCGGCUCAGUUUGCCAGGCCUGCUCCUGCCCUCCCUCGCUCCUGUUCCUGCUAUCUUUUGGGGUAUAUCACAAGGAUUUGGACAAAAAAACGAAAAAUGAUUCCAUUCAUUUGGAUAAUAGAGGACACCUCAACCUCCCGCUGCGCUCUAUCGGCAUUCACCACCUCUCCGCUUGUCCUCACAACUGCUUGUGCUUUUAUUUCUCUCUCCCACUCUGCCUUGUUGUUGUUCUGUUUUUGUUUUUUUACCUGCGUGUUGUUGGAACACAUCCAUCAGUCACCCUACCUCAAGCCAGUGGUGCCAGCCCCCCUACACUCCUUUCACACCUGCAGCACUGUCUGUCCAAACCUUAUUGCACACGCUCAAAAAAGAAAAAAAAAAUGUUGCCUACUGUACCGCACAGAGGGGGAAAAACCUGCUUUUUGCUUUUCUCGCACAUUUUCAUUUCCGUUUUUACGCCCAACAAACACCCUCGGAACCCAAACCCCUCCCCACUUCAUCUUUGUACACUACGGACCAAAAGUAGAUAUUUUCUGAUAUUCAAAGAGAUAUAUAAAUAAUAUAGAUCGAAAUGUAUAGUCUAUAUAUAAAUAUAUAAAUACAAUGCUUCUACACUACAUAUACGUGUUGCUUUCUGAUUGUGGACGUAGCUGUGUGAAGUGGACUGAAAAGGGGGAAAAAAAAAAAGGCACGUGGACUGUACCAUCUAUACUUGAACUGUUAAAAGCGGCGUAUGUUGUGGACAUUACUGAGAUUAAGCCUCCUUAUUUUGGUUUGGACCACUUCUUUGUAUUCAUGUUUAUUUAUUGAUAUUUAUUACAUUUGACCGCGGUACAGUUAAGGAACGAUACGCCCACUAAAGUGCAAAACUACUGUAUAGAAAGUCUCGGCGUGAUGACCUUUGUUGAUUUGUUUUUGUUGAAAACUGCUGUAAUUGGUUGAAAGGUGAGAUUUGCAGAGGAUAAGGCUGUACUGGAUCUUUGCCUUACGCUAAAGGUUUGGAAGGGGGGGGGGGGUCUGUUGUAUAAAUCCACAACACGUCGAUGGUAAAUUUGUAUUUGUGCCUGUCAUGAGGAGAAAAAAAAAAAGGCUUUGCUUUCUUCAAAUCGUAUAGUUGUGCUUUAGGAGCAUCAAGUGCUUUCUGGUCUGUGCUGCUAGAAACUUUUUUUUUUUCUUAAUAUUUAGUGCCAGACAGUGAUUUUUUAUUUUUUUUUUUUACGCUAAAGCUGCCAACACUAUUUUUGUAUGUUUUUGUGUUGCGUUUAAAAAUGUUUUUGUUGGAGCUAAAUAUUCCCAAGCAGAACACACGUAAGCUCUUUCUUAAAAAAGAAAAAAAGAAUAAAAAAA